AUGGAUUAGAGAUAAGAAAAUUAUAAAGAAGUUAUAAUAGAUUGGAUGUAAGAGAAACAUAAAUUAUAUAUAGUUAUAACUUGAAAUACAUUUUAAAUGCAUAUUUAAAUAACAAAAACGUCCCUUCAGGUCAUCCAAUUUAUAUUUUAGGACAUCGUAUUGAUAUUGAUAAUAAUGAUAUUGAUGUAAAUUAUAUUAUAACAUUAGGAUCGUAUCAAUAAAAUAAAGUAGUUAGUUUAAGAUACCAUUUGGAUAACAUAUAGAAGAAAUUUCCCACCUUUAUAUUGUAAUUUAAGUGAUUAUUAUUUAAGAAUCAAAUUAUAUCUCAGAUACCGGUUGGGGAUGUAUGCUUAGAGUAGGAUAAAUGGCUAUGGCUUAAAUGCUUAAGAAACAUCUAAAAAAUCAUGGUGAUAAAAGAGAUGAAGAUUAUGAUAACAUUUUAUUAGCCUUUGCUGAUAAUGAUUCAUAAGAAUAUAAGGAAUUUAUUGAAUUCUCAAAUAAAAAUGAUAAAUCAAAAGUCCAUAAUUUUAUUUGUCCAUUUAGCAUUUAAAAAAUAGCUUAUUUAGCUAAAAAAGAAUUCAAUCUAGAUCCAGGUGAAUGGUAUAAACCUAAUUAUAUACUAUUUCUACUUGAAGAAUUGCACAAUACUAUACCUAUUAGAGGUUAAUAUAUUCAUUAAUUAAAUUUAGCAUCUGAGAAUCUGAAAUUGUGUGUAUUUAAUGAUUCUUGUCUCUUUCUUGAUUAAUUGAUGAAUAGAAUGUUUGAAAUUAAAUUUGAAACUGAUAAAGAUCUAGAAGAACAAUUAGAAAAAACUUAAUUCAAAAGCAAAAAUAGUUUAGCAAUAUUUGUCUUAACUAGAAUUGGUUUAGAUGAACCUAAUUAAAAAUAUCUAAAAGUUUUAGAUGAAUUAAUGGAAUUACCAUAUUUCUAAGGUAUUGUUGGAGGUACACCAAAAAGAGCAUUUUAUAUACUUGGAAGAAUUAAUGAUCAUUAUAUUUAUUUAGAUCCACAUUAUGUAUAGGAAGCUGAAAACAAAGAUUAAAUUAUUGAAAAUAAAAUGUUCAAUCGAACUUCUUAUAGUUGCAAAUAUAUUCACUUAUUAAAUUAAAAGCAUGUAGAUACAUCUAUGGGAUUAUCAUUUUAUAUUCGUAAUAAAAGUGAAUUACUACAAUUUUGGAGAGAUGUAAAUUAUUUUAAUAUUAUUUAGAUGAAACAAAUAAAACAAAAAUCAGAAGAUUUCUUUGUUUUCCUCUCAGAUUUUACACCUGAAUAUGUUGAUUAUAGUAAUUAACUAGAGGAAAGUAAUAACAAACUUAAUGAUGAUGAUGUUGUAUUUUUAUAAUGA